GGUAUAUAAGAAAGUAACUCCUUUCCACCUAUUUACACUGAUUCCAGCUAAAAAAAGGUUGCAAAAUUAAUAGGGUAGCAAAGUAACAGCUUUUCCUUGGAUCCCUGGUAUUUAAGAAAAUGAGUUGGAGGGGAGCGAGCACUUUUGGCCAAGGUGGCACUUAUUCACAAGAGGGUGCUUACGUGCUACUUUAGCCAAGGUGGUGCUUAUUUAGGGGAGGGUGUUUACAAGUUACUUUGGCCAAGGAGGCACUUCUUCAGUGGAGGGUGCUUACAGGCUACUUUGGUUUAGGCAGCACUUAUUUUAUUGAGCCAUGAGGCUUCUUUGGUUAAGGUGGCACUUAUUCGAGGAGGGUGCUGACAUGCUACUCUUGCCAAGAUGGCACUUAUUAAGGGGAGAGUGCUUACAUGCUACGAUAUCCUUGUGAUAAAGAUGGCACAUUGCGUUACAGCAUUUAUCUUCUCUUCUGCAUCUUAAUUAUCUAUAUCUUAGCUCUACGAUGCACUUUCUUCAAAUUAGCAUUUCUCCUGUAUUAUUUCUAGUUGUCAGAUGGCAAAAGUUUUCAAAUUGCUUGUCUGACUAUGUACACACUGUAUAUCUAUUUUAUAUGAUUUGUGUUCUCUUGCGCAUGAGUAUAGGCUACUUGGAGCCUCUUGUUUAUUCAUAACCUGCCAGACAAACGAUGAUCGUCACUCACUUGGCCACUUAGCGACCCUCAAAAGCCCACUAUGGGGCCUAAAACCUCGCAGUUCCUUCGCUCACUUAGCUAUUCUACCCUAAAACUCUCAAGGUUGCCUUGUGGCAAGUCUACCUUUUUAGCCUGUGUUAUAAGUACUUGUAGUGUUGUGACAUCUGUCAAUCAUACAAGCACGCAGUCAGAAAGGAGUUCAUACUCCCCUUGUAGUCGGUGCGAGCAUAUAGUCAGUAAAUCAGAGUUGAGUUUAACUUGUGGUGGUUUCACUUAAACGGUACAACACCACAGUACUCUUUUCUUGCGAACGCCUCACUUUCCCUUUACAUGACGUAGCUACGGAGGAAACAUCUUUACCAAAGGCCAAACCACUGUGGGCUCAUACAGUAUUGUGCAAAAGUAAUGCAAAUGAAUUUCAAUGAAAUUCCUCGUUUUUUGAAGAAAUUUCAGUUGAAACGAUACUUCCACGAAAUUUGCCCACAUUUUUGACACCUAUUGUUUGAUCUACGCGAAUUUUCGAAUGAUAAUUCACUUUGCACGAGGACUUACCGCAAAUUUUUGAGCGAUAAUUUGCUCCUCCCGAUAAUUUGAUCUAUUGUUUAUCAAUAGGCCAAGAGUGUUUUCAAAACACAGUUUGCUGAGUUAAAUAGAUAAAUAACCUUUCCAAUCAUUGUGCACAAAAGAAGCCAUUAAUCUGCCGAGAUAGCAUCACAGCUUGACGAAUUGUUAGCUUUGAAACUCACCUGGAUAUUUCAGAAGGAAUGCUAAAUUGUUGACUUGAUCCAAAACCCCAAAACACCACAGUUCUGAUAAAUAAAUGCAAUUGUAAUUAAUCACUAUGUUAUACACUUGCCAAAACACCAUUUUCACAGCAUGUAGAGCCACACAAUUUUUCGUGCACCAGACCCAAGUCUCCGCACCAGUUUGCUGCCAUUGCCCAAUUUCAUAUUGAGAGGGACUGUGGUGAAUCCGGACAUCUGCCAACAUGUCAACAACAUGGCGGCCUCAGUAACUAUCGAUUCUGUAAAGAAAAAAAAGCUGGCACUGGAAUUGCAGUUCUUGUUUUGGUAAAAAUUCCUGGAGGUCGCAGGGAAUUACCUAUUACACCUUUACCUGGAUCAAAAAGGCACCAAAAAACACUAGGGACGUAUAUCUGGAUGUCAUUGGGAAGUCAAAGGUCAAAUGGAAGAGAGAAGUGAUCUGCUGUGCUCAUUGGAGCAGUGGCCAGCAUCUGUCACUUGAUGAUCUCCUUGACGUAAAGCACACUUUUAAGGAUGACACACUGGCUACCAACUGGCAUUGGAAUUGGGCUGCAGCACUCUGUACAAAUUUCUGGCGUAUACCUGGAAUUCAUUAUUAUAAACUCUGUGAAAUUGCAAGGGAUAAAGAGCUAAAGUGCGCUUAUGAAAAGGUUCUUAAAACAAAAACGUGAACUGGAAGAGAAAUGUUAUUUGCUCAGAGCACUGGUCUAAAGGAAAAUGACUUUCGAUUCAAGAUAUACCUGACAGAUCUACCUCAAGCUCUUACAUUCAAAAGAACAUUUCUUUUAUAACACCACCUCAAAAAGUCAAGUCGGCUAAACGUUGCCUUAGAUAUGAAGGAGACUCAGGAGAUUGCAAAGUGCCAAGAAGGGAGCUCAAAAGGUCAGUAUAUAGUGAUUCAAAGGAUGAAACUACUAAGUCAAUUUCCAAUUCAACACUUAAAGCUCUGUUGUUAGAAGUACAGAAAAAGCUACAAGAGAAGGAGAAAGAAUUACUUAAGUUAACAAAGGAAGUUGUCACUCUGAAAAGUGAACAAACCGAGUAUCCAAGACAACUGUAGUUGUUUCAAGGGGAGUAUGAAAGAACAAGAUUUACAUAUGAGCAUGUGAUCGAGAGAGGACAAUGCUUCUAUAUGACUGGCCUUACUGAAAGUGAAUUUGAUUGUUUGUUUGAGUGCUUGGAACCAUUCCUAAGUGCACUAGUCUAUCCAGAUUGCAAAUUGUCUGAAAGUGUAGAAAGAUGGAUAAGAGAACUGAACUUGUGUUUCUUGACAAUUCUGCACCACACAGUUCAUCUUGGUGUAUUCGGCUGGUCAUCUUAUUGAGAACUUCCAGCGUGAAAAGCUAACUGUGGAUCAAAUAAGUAAGCUAUCUUCUGAAGAAAUGGAACUUUUAGGUGUGAAUGAUCGCAACACAGUGAUGAAUUUAAGGUUAGAGUGUUUAAACUACGGUAGCAAUCCACCGUCAAGGAAACCUGGAAAACAAGUUUGUGGCGCUCCUGAAAACUUAAUUUCUAAGUCAGUUUUAGAGGGGUACCUGGAGGAUGGCUUUAAUAUUAAGGACAUUACGUCGUUACUUUCUGUUUCAGAAAGUAGUGUUUAUCGGAGAAUGGGUUGUUACAGGGGGAAAUUGCUGGAUCAACUUCAGGGUAUCUCUGGAGCUGUUUGGAGUGGUGAUGGAAGAUUUGAUUCUAUGGGCCAUUGCGCAAAGUAUGGCACUUAUACAAUGUUCUCUUGUGACCUCAUGAAAAUUGUUCACUUUGAUAAUCUUCAGGUGAGUAACAUUAUAAUGAUUUGCAUACCGCAGUUGAAUCCAGCCCCUGCAUAUACGAUUUACUGACACCACCUGAUAUGGCAAAGUGCUUGAAUUGUUUAUUUAUAUAUGGUGAUUGCUACCGUAAAUAAUAUAUAUAAUUAUAUUCUCCCUGCCUUUCUUUACAUGUGUAGUUAGCUUUCUAUCAUCAUCAGAAGCACUGUUGCUUUAUUUCAUCUAAUUUGUUCCUGAAGAGUUUCCAGGUAAAUUAUUUUCAUACAUUAGCUGUUGUGGCAAUUAGGAUGUUUCAGUUUAUUGUGAAUUGUUUUGGGGUGAUCAUUUACUAUGCUUUAAGGGCAACUUUACAUGACAUGCUUGAUUCAAAAACUUUACCAGAAACCUGUAUUACUGUUUUCUGUUUUUGUUUCAUGUUUUUUUUUUGGCUUUUGUUUAGGCCAACCAGACAGGUAGUAGCCAGGGAAUGGAAUUGCAGGGUGCAAAAAACUGCUUCACUUUCUUGAGUAGUGCUGGUGUUGCUAUUGCUGUAUUUAUAUCUGACCGCCACCAUGGUAUUGCUAAAUGGAUUCAGGAAAGCCAAACUAAUACAACACACCUCUAUGACAUCUGGCAUGUUGCAAGGUCCAUUGUCAAAAAAUUGCUUAAGGCUAGCAAGGAGAAAGGAUAUGAGCUCAUUAAAGAAUGGAUAAAGGGAGUUCGGAAUCACCUGUACUGGUGUGCGACCUUGUCUACCCAGGGAUUCCAGGAGAUGGUCUUAGCCAAGUGGCAGUCUUUUAUGAGACAUGUGUGCAACAAACAUAAAGAUCAUCCUGACAGCUUGUUUAAGGAGUGUGCUCAUGAUGAUGAUAUUGAACCACGCAAGUGGAUGAAGAUUGGUAAGUACACAAUUAAGAGUAAAACAAGUAACAAUAACCUGUAUCUUUGUUGUCUAGGUUCAACGGUAUAUGAGAAAGUUGCAGGGAUCCUCACUAAUACCCAGCUCAUGAAUGACAUAAAAAAGCUGUCAAAUGAUGCCCAGACUAGCUGUCUAGAAGGUUAUCAUGCAACUCUCAACUUUUGGCAUCCAAAGAUGAUAUGCUUUUCUUGGAUGGGAACAUAUUGGAGGUAAAAAAUAUUAUCACGUAUAAAUAAGGACCAUCUGUUUAUCUAUCUGUGGGAGGUGCGGUAGCCUCAUGGUUGGUGUGCUUGACUCUGGUCUGGGUUCGAACCCUGGCCAGGGACAUUG